CAUAGGACAAGUUUUCUGCUUAGAUAUUUUUGGAUGAAAUCGCAUAAAUACGGUUACCGGUUUUAUUAUUUUAUUUUCACCCUUCAUCCAUAGUCGUGCCGGUUAUUGAUAUUUGCAUAGAUAAUAUUAUCAUUGGGUAUUUGAGCCAUUUGAGGUUAGAAAUGUACAAACACGAGCACUGUUUCUAAGAUAAUGAGUGACAGUAAACACGACUUUUUGUCGAAGUUCUUUUAAAGUUUAUUCAUCACUCAUUAGCAAUGUAUGAAGAAUUAUAUUCGGAUUCAGCAGAUGAUGAUAAUAAUGAUGUACCUAAAUGGUUUGAAAACUUACCGUCAUUUGGCACUUGUACUAAUCUAUCUGCAUCUGAAAUACAAAUCUUGAGGCUUGAAGCUGAAAAAAUAUUGGAACAUCAACCACAAGUGGACCACAAAAAAUCAUGGAUUACAGAGAUCGCCAAACAAGGUACGUAUUCAGACAAAAUAGCUGCACUUACUAUCAAGAUCCAAGAAGAUCCUUUGCAUAAUAUCAAUGCAUUACAAAAUCUUGUAAACAUGGUGAAAAUAGGAAAAAAGCAACAAUGUUCUCUUGUAAUUGAUUCCUUAACUGAAUUAUUUACAAGAGUUUUAUUGAAAACUGAGUUAUUAAAUUUUGAACAUCAGCCAUUAAGUGAAUUAUCAAAACUAGAUGAUUUAAAACAACGUAAACUUCUACUUAGUUCCUGGUUAUUCGAAGAAAAACUUAAAAACUUGUAUGCUAGUUAUGUUGGAGCUCUAAGUAAUGUUGGAUUAGAUUCUGUAGCAAUAAAUCGUGAAAAAAGUAUUUCUGCUAUGUAUAAAUUAUUGAUCAAUAGUACAGAAUGUGAAAUGCAAAUUGUUAGAUACCUUGUAAAUAAAUUUGGUGAUACUGUUCAUAAAGUGGCUUCAAAAGCUAUGUACACAUUACGUCUAGUUCUGAAACAUCGUCAAAAUCUUAAUACAAUUAUUUUUGAAGAAGUUAGAAAAUUAUUAUUUCGUUCAAAUAUAAAACAAAGAGCUCAAUAUUAUGGUAUUUGCUUUUUAACUCAAAUUGAUGUAAAAAAUAUGGCAAAAGAAGUAAUUGAAUUGUACCUAGCAUUCUUUAAAGCCUGUGUCAAGACUGGAGCAAUUGAUUCAAGACUAAUUGGUGCUUUGCUAGUUGGUGUUAAUAAAUCAUACCCUCAUGUAAAAAGUGGUAUUCAACCAGAACAAAUACAAACAAUGUAUAAAAUUGUUCAUUUAGCUCCAUUCAAUAUUUCAUUACAAGCUCUAUUAUUGAUUAGGCAAUUAGAAAAUAAUGACAGAUAUUACACUGCACUUUAUAAAAAAAUAUCUGAUGAGAGAUUAAUUAGCACAUCACAUCAAGCUAUAUUUAUUCACUUGAUUUAUAAAUCUAUUUUAGAUGAUGAAUGUAAAGAACGUAUGGUAUCUUUUAUGAAACGUAUAUUUCAAAUGUGCUUGUAUUGUCCAGUUCCUUUAGUAAGUGGAAUAUUUUGUAUGACAUCGAGAUUAAUGAAGAAACACAAAGGAAUAAUUGGAAAGUCUAAAUUUGAAGAUAUUAAAACAUUAAUCAUACCAAAAACAUCAACUAUUUUAACUGAAAAAAUUAAAGUAGAUGAAGAGAAAUAUUUUGAUGUUGUACAAUCCAAUUUAACAGAUUUAACCCAAUCUCCUCAACCAUCUUCUUGGUAUCAUGUUAAAGCUCCUCAAAUAACAGAACCUCAGGUAUCUCAAGUACUUAAGGAAAGAGAAAUUAAAAAUUAUUAUGAUUAUACUGCUAGAAAUCCAAAAUUUGCUGGUGGUGAAUAUGCAAUCUUAGCUGAAUUAGUUUCUUUGAGUCGACACUAUCAUCCUACUGUUGCAACUUUUGCUUCUAGAAUAAUAGCAGGUAAAUCUAUAUAUUAUGAUGGAAACCCCUUAGCAGACUUUACUUUAUUACAUUUUCUUGAUCGAUUUUCAUUUAAAAAUCCUAAAAAACCAAGACAAGACCAAGGAGAAGAAAAUGAAGAACUGUUUAGAUCUGUUGGUACUUCUCGAAAACACUAUGUUCCUAAAGGAUUAAAAGGUAUGUCAGUAGUAAGUGAAGAAUACCUAAGACAUGAAGAAAAACAAAUACCUUUAGAUGAAGUAUUCUUAUACAAAUAUUUAAAACAAAGACCAAAGCAAAAUAAAAAAUUACAUGAUAAUUCUGAUGAAGAUGGUUUUAGUGAUAUUGAUAGUGUUAAUAGUGAAGAUUUUAAUGAAUUAUUAGAUGGUAUGAUGGGUGGUAAAAAAAAAAAAAAAUACGAUUUUUCACGAGGUUUUGAAAAGAAGACUAAAUCUAAAAAAGUAAAAGAGCUUGUUGAUGAAUCAGAAACUGAUGAUGACAAUGAUGAUUUUAUAGUUCCACAAAAAUCAAAAAAUAUUGCAGAUCUUGCUGUACCUGCAGAAAAGUUUGCAGCAAUGUUGGACGCAGCAGGUAAAAAUAAAUCUGGCGGAAGAGAUGAUAUAUUGGUCAGGGAUAAUGCUUCAAAGAAACAACUAGAAUGGGAAAAAAAGAAAGGAGGUGGAAAACGUAAAAGACUAGAGGAUGGGAGAAAAAAUAGAAAACGGCAUCGUAUACAAAAUUGAUAAAACUAAAAUUAAAUAUUGUGUAAAAAAAAAAAAAAUGAGCAAUAAUAAGCCUUGAUGUAAUGUUAAUAUGAGCUAUUUAUUAAUAAAUGAUUUAUGUUUUCAGUAGAUUGUUUCUUUUUUUUUUGGGGGGGGGAGGGUAAGGAGAUGAGUAUAAUAUAGAUAUAUUUGUGUUCUUAUAAAAAUGAGUAAAAACUUACUAAAAUAACAAUAAAUGGUAUGUGUAUAUUUUUGUACACAACCUAAUCUAACCAUACAUCUUAAUAUAAAUACAAUAUUUCAUAAGUUAAGGUAGAAAUUGUAAAGUUCAAUAUCAUUGAAAUUACUGUUUUUCCUAGAAAUGGUAAUUUGUGACUUUGUAACAACAUAAGUACUAAGUAUACCAUUUUCCAGUUACUGAAUUGAUAAGGUACGAUUUG